GGAGAUGAUUAGACAGACAGACAGACAGAUAGGCUAAGAGAAAGACAUCAUGGACCUUGGUAUGCUGCUCCUGCUGGUACUCAGCAGUGCGGUCUGCCACAGCGCGGAGUCGACGUAUUAUGGCGGGACUGUGCGCUGUACAGUACCGGGAUACAUGCCCCCAGACUCGAAAUGGACAGGGGAGGUACAAUUCCACUACCGUGAGAAUGGCCGGGACAGGUGUGAACAGCAGUUCUCCUGGGAGUGCACCAGCGGCUACUGUAAUGGCAGUGCCAACCGACAAGGACCUGUCGUGCAGACCACCGACAAGGACCAGUCCGGCCAAAACCUCUGGUGCCAGUCGGAGGGACACUUCACUAGAAACUUCACUAGGGACCAGAAAACCCAAUCCUACACCCUGAGUGACUCAGGUUGCUGUUGGGGCUCCAAUGUCAAUGGAAAGACCAACUGGACAAUACACACCGAGGUGGAUUUGGGGUUACGGGUCAGCCCGGGGCCUCCAACCCAAAACACACCUCCUGUCACAGCAACUGUCCCAACCCUGCGAGUUCCUCAGAACUGCUUUUCCACUCUUCCUCUCUUGGCCUAUGACCCGGAUGGAGAUGACGUGAGGUGCCACUUCCCUGUGAACGUCGCACACCCCAACAUUACACUUGACAGGGUCCAGUGCACUCUGCAUGCCACGGGCCUGUUGGCUGUAGGGCUGCAUGUAUUUGAGGUGCUGCUGCAGGACCACCCCACUAUAGACGUCAACAUGACGGGAUAUAAAUCUAAUUAUACCAGAAAGGCCCUGAACGAGUCCUAUGCCAGUAACCCGACUCCGACCCCGUUCAGCCGCGUGCCCUUGCAGUUUGCCGUGGAGAUCCAGCCAGCUCUAUCCAACUGUCUCCCUGGCUACAUACGACCACAGUUCUUCACUCCAACACCUUCACAUGGGGAUGUCCAUCAUGCCGCUGUGGGUCACCUGUACCAACUCGAAGCCCGAGUAAAAACCGCCCAUGCCAAGACAUUUGACUUCCAGGUCAGCGGUCCUUCCAACAUGACCAAGAAGAUCAGGGAUGAGGGCUUUGGGGUCACGAGGCUCUUCCUGGGUUGGAUCCCGCAGGAAAGACACCUGAGACAAAACAUUCCCAUCUGUUUCACUGCCGAGACAAAGGAGAGCCAGUCAGAGAUGAGAUGUGUGGUUGUGGUGGUGGCCAAAGCCCUCGCACUUACAGGUGAGGCGAAUGUUUCAUGCACAGAGAAUAGGAUCAGCAUCGCCGUGAGCAAGGCCUAUCUGCCUGGGGUGGACAUGAAGUGGCUGCGGCUAGCCGACUCAUCCUGCUCCCUAACCUCCAACCAAACACACAUCAUGGGCACCAUGUCACUCAAAACCUGUGGCACAAAGAUGGAGGAUGCAGGUGACUUCAUGGUGUUCAAAAACGAAAUAAACUCCUUCGACGCGGUCAACGCGACCAUCACGCGACGUAACCGGAUCAACAUCGGCUUCUCCUGCCGGUAUCCCAAGACCGUCAGCAUUUCCAACUAUUACCAGAUCCACAGCUCCAACUACAUGUUCACAGAGUCCAACUUUGGUAGCUUCGGCUACACCUUUGAGGUCUUCAAGGACAGUAAGUUCACCCAGAAGGUGGAUCCCAGUGCUUACCCAGUGAAGGUGAAGCUAAUGGACAGGCUGUACAUGGGCAUCCAGGCCCAGGCCGAUCUGCCCAAGGUACAGCUAUUGGUGGAGUCUUGCAAAGCCACUCCGGAUGACAGCGCCAGCAGCAGUCUCUUCUACGACCUCAUCGAAGACGGGUGUCUAAAGGACGAGACAGUCAAGGUUUAUCCCGGGAACCGAACCCAAUUCUACUUUGAGGUCCAGGCCUUCAAAUUCACUGGGAGCUACGACCAGGUGUUCCUCACCUGUACCGUCAUCCUGUGUGAGGUAGGAAACCCCAACUCUAGGUGUGACCAGGGCUGCCUGAACAAAGCCUCGCGGAGGCGCAGGCGAGAUCUCCCCAACGGAGAGACAGACAGGCACUACAUUACCCAGGGUCCUUUCCGUGUGGUCAGAGAGACCCAGCCCAGUGCAGACCAGAAGACAGGUGCAGGUGAAAAGACCGGUGCAGCUCCUGUUGUAGAUGUGGAAGCUACAUAUUUUCUCAGAUCGGACAUGGGAACCAUAGUCUUCGCCGGGCUGUUCAUCAUGACCUUGAUUCUGCUGACAGUGGUCGUGGUCUAUUUUCUGAAGAAGAGCAGAGCUGAAGAACACGAGGCUCUCAUUGCAUAUGAUUAGAGAAAUGUAACUGGAUUUGUGCCUGACCAGGGUCACUUCUGGUUUCCCAAAGUAAAGCACACCUUUCUUUUAGUUUUACUUUAAACAACAAAUUAACACUAGUUUACAUACUGAAUACGGUAACAUUAACUACACAAAUUAACACUAGUUUACAUACUGAAUACGGUAACAUUAACUACACAAAUUAACACUAGUUUACAUACUGAAUACAGUAACAUUAACUACACAAAUUAACACUAGUUUACAUACUGAAUACGGUAACAUUACUACACAAAUUAACACUAGUUUACAUACUGAAUACGGUAACAUUAACUACACAAAUUAACACUAGUUUACAUACUGAAUACGGUAACAUUAACUACACAAAUUAACACUAGUUUACAUACUGAAUACGGUAACAUUAACUACACAAAUGAACACUAGUUUACAUACUGAAUACAGUAACAUUACUACACAAAUUAACACUAGUUUACAUACUGAAUACGGUAACAUUAACUACACAAAUGAACACUAGUUUACAUACUGAAUACAGUAACAUUACUACACAAAUUAACACUAGUUUACAUACUGAAUACGGUAACAUUAACUACACAAAUGAACACUAGUUUACAUACUGAAUACAGUAACAUUACUACACAAAUUAACACUAGUUUACAUACUGAAUACGGUAACAUUACUACACAAAUUAACACUAGUUUACAUACUGAAUACGGUAACAUUAACUACACAAAUUAACACUAGUUUACAUACUGAAUACAGUAACAUUACUACACAAAUUAACACUAGUUUACAUACUGAAUACAGUAACAUUACUACACAAAUUAACACUAGUUUACAUACUGAAUACGGUAACAUUACUACACAAAUUAACACUAGUUUACAUACUGAAUACGGUAACAUUACUACACAAAUUAACACUAGUUUACAUACUGAAUACGGUAACAUUAACUACACAAAUUAACACUAGUUUACAUACUGAAUACGGUAACAUUACUACACAAAUUAACACUAGUUUACAUACUGAAUACGUUAACAUUAACUACACAAAUUAACACUAGUUUACAUACUGAAUACAGUAACAUUAACUACACAAAUUAACACUAGUUUACAUACUGAAUACAGUAACAUUACUACACAAAUUAACACUAGUUUACAUACUGAAUACGGUAACAUUACUACACAAAUGAACACUAGUUUACAUACUGAAUACGGUAACAUUAACUACACAAAUUAACACUAGUUUACAUACUGAAUACGGUAACAUUACUACACAAAUGUAGUUGGUUCAUUCUUAUUCACUUUUCUGUGAUAUAGACAUUUGGAUCAACUGUUUGAUACUCCUGACUCAAGAAAGUGGAAGAAAUGGGUUGUUGUUGAGAAUCCUGUUAUGCAAAUAAGUCUGUAUUGAUUAAAUACAUUUUAGGCAAAAGUACUCUUUUAUACUGUUCUCUGCCUCACCACUCAUUCAAACAUGAUUUAUUGCUUUAAAGGGGCAAUCAUUUUAUGACUAAUAAAUGUAUGAUAUUUGUUGAUUCUUGAAUAUUUAUAAAUUCCUCAUGAGUUUAGUUCAAGUGUUGUACCCCCAUCAGAACCCAAAAUAUAUGCUUGUUUUACUUCAA